AUGAAUGAUCUUGUUUCGACUGCAUUACUGAUGGGUGAUCUUAAAUAUAAUGAUAAUCCAGACAAAAUAACUUAUGUUCUUGGAUAUGGACAUCUCAAGACUUUUCUGGAUGAUUAUUUUGCACAUCUGGCUCUGACAGAUAUCGAUCUUUCUAAUCACUUCAACAGAAGAUUGAAAGUUCCUAAGGCGUUGCUAAAAGGGAAAAUAAGCAUAAAGGAUUAUGAUGAUGUAAAGAUUGUGCAUGAUCAUUUUGGUGUUGUGUUAAUUGGAAAAGGGACGAAGAAGAGAAGGAAAAAGUUCUUAUUUCAUGUUGAUGAUGUUGAAAGGUAUUCGAAUACAUAUCUUAUCAGUAUUCUACUUCACAUCAACAACUGUCAGAAAAAACAAGAAUGA